AUGCCUCACAAACGUGCGAAACGCUCCAUGCGAGAGAAACAGCGGACCGAAUCCGGGAGCGAUCUGGCGCCGGGGGCCAAGAAGGCGAUUGAAAACGAAGAGAUUCCAAAGAGCGCGGCGCGCGUGUUGAACGCGGCGAAGGUCCAGCAGGAAUUCGCGGAGCGGAAGAGGAAAGGCCUGGACAGCGAUGAGGGGAGCGCGGGGCCCUCGCGAAAAAAGCGGAAGCGGGACGAGGGGGCGGGGAAGAGUGAGGGCGGGGGAGAAGGAGAGGGGAGGAAGAAGGCGCAGUUGCGGAUCAUGGCUGGGGAGUCGAUGGCGCACUUCAACCGACGGGUGGAAGACUCGAUGCGUCAUUUGGUGAAGGAAGCUAUUCAGACGUCGUCCGCGCGUGUGCGGCAGGCCAAGAAGGAGGAACUCGCGAGUCAAGGGAGCAAGAAGGCAGCAGCGGCCGCCUCCAAGUCGCGCGCAACAUCGGACCAGGCGAGGGACGACGAGGACUCGGAGGACGAGGACGGCCGGCCGGCUGCCCGCGCGAAAGCGAAGGAGACCGGACCGAAGGAGUUCCAGAAAGUGGACACGUCCGCGCCGCGCCGGCUGAACGACGUCGCGCAGGCUCCGCCCGAACUGAAGAAGCUUCCGCGGAAGGCAAAGAAGCUCGCCGCGAUGGGAGGCGGGACGAACGCUUCGGGUGCGACCUCGCUCAAGGACGGCGUCCUUUCCAUGGCGCAGAAGGCGAUGAUGGAAGAGGAGCGGGAGCGAGCGAUCAGGCUCUACCGGGAGAUGAAGAAGGGAAAAUCAGUUGUCUAA